GUUGUGGAGAGAUGGAGGUGCAGAGACAAAACAUUGCGUGGUCGACGCUACUUCUAGUGCUAAUAUGUAUCAUCCUUUUCAUGCUAUCCGGAGUCUCUGCCACCAGAGUCAUCGUUGGAGGAAACACGGGCUGGACUAGCAAUGUCAACUACACUGAGUGGGCUAAAGGCAAACAUUUCUACCUGGGUGACUGGCUCUAUUUUGUGUACGAUAGGAAUCAGAUGAACGUGUUGGAAGUGAACAAGACAAAUUAUGAGACGUGCAAUGAGAAUGAUCCUACCCACAACUGGACAACCGGUGCGGGGAGGGAUGUAGUUCCACUCAACGUCACUAUGAUGUAUUACUUCAUCAGUGGCAAAGGUUUCUGCUACAGAGGCAUGAAACUCGCCGUCCAGGUCGAGAAUUUGCCACCCCCACCACCGUCUUUUCCGGCGAACAACAAGAUUAAUGCAUCUCCUCCGCCCAACUAUACUACCCAGAUUGUUACGCCGGCCGUGCUUGCCUUUGUUGCACUGUUAUGGACCUUUCUUUAUUGAGUU